AUGGCAAUGAACUCUGUAAAGACACAGAGGGCCCAGAGGGGCACCACCCCCGUGUCCUCAUUGGUAUGUGUCAGGCGAAAUGAGGGGGAUUGGAGGAGCACAUUAAAAGUCUUUGUCGAGGAGGUGGCUCAACUAAAGGGGGAAACGGACGCCCUGAAAGCCACCCGGGCUGCUAUGGAGGCCUCGUGGCAGAGGAUUGUGGAAAAGGUGGACCUGCUCACCGAUGAGAAUCGUUCGUCGCAGCACACCCUGCAGUCUUUGCUGGAGGAAGAACGACAGAAAGCGCUCGCGGUGAUAAAGGAAAAGAAAGAAUUACUUGCGAAAGUGAAGUGCGUUGAAGAGGCGUGUGCCUCCAAGGAGAAGGAAAUACAUCGACUGGCUGAGAUGUUGGAGACAGAAAGGAUUAAGCAUAGCGUUUCGGUGGCCUUGCAUGAGAAGGCACUGGAGGAAAGGAAGGCAGAGCACCAGGUGGAGCUUAGUCUGCGGGAGAAGCGACUAGAAGAUAUGCAAUUUGAGCUGCAGCAGCAACUGGAGAGACAUGAAAAUGAACUUCUGGCAAAGGAUGCAUUAUUAGAGGAAGAGAGAAGCUGGAGAAAACGGCAAGAAAGAUCGGGCAUAGAAGACUCCUCGCAUUUGCUUCAGACAAAGGGGGCGGCACCUGCAUUUAGACACUCUUUAGAACCCGUAACGGAUGUUGCUGAUAUUUCCUCCAAUAAAACCCUCAUGACGCAAGCAGCGUUGGCCGUGUUUGCCGAUGACUAUGCCACUCGUUGCGUCCCGAAGAAGACUCGGUUAGAGGCGGCUCGGCAACGGCAGCGGCGAUGCAACGGGAAACGCAAGGGGGACGAUGUGACAUUGAUUUCGCUUAACAAGCUGAACGAUCUUCAAGAAAACUUCCGUCUGUAG